CCCGCGUUACUCAAUGACCUCACCGCAAUCCAGGUCCGCAUCGACUUCCACCCUGUUCUGCUGCUAUUGAUCGUGUGAUAUUUUCCUUGGUCAUCUGUUGGGGAAGCUGAAAGUCACGGCAUCCUAUCGGAGAAAAUUCAGCAAGAAACAAUCAAGGGUUUGAACAUUAAGGGCCUGAAGCUCUCCCCAGGCUCCUCUCCGCAUCUCAUCUCCGAUACGCACCUUUCCGGUCGGGUGGUCUGGCCAGGGUCUGAACUGGAGCCAUCAUGUCGUCCAAGACUUUCUUCGCCAGCUCAGAUGACACAAAGAUAUGUGUCGUUAUGGUCGGGUUGCCGGCCAGGGGCAAGAGUCUAAUUGCUGGGAAAGCAAUGCGAUAUCUGGGCUGGGUUGGCAUCCCAGCUCGUGUAUUCAAUGUGGGAACAUACCGCAGAAGCGCCACGCCACAGCCUGACGCUAACUUUUUCGAUCCUCACAACUCAGAAGGGGAGAAGAUGAGGCGCGCUGCGGCCGAAGCGGCCAUGACAGAUAUGAUCCAGUGGUUCAAUUCUGGCAAAGGCGUUGUAGCCAUACUCGAUGCUACAAAUUCAACAAGAAAGCGACGCAAGUGGAUUUAUGAGUCAUGCCGCGAAGCCAACAUUGAGACGCUUUUCGUUGAAUCAAUAUGCGACGACGAGGACCUGAUCAUGAAUAACAUCCUGGAAGUGAAGACCACGUCUCCAGAUUACAAGGGGCAGGACCCCGAAGUUGCAGCGCUAGACUUCCGGAACCGGAUUCGAAACUAUGAGAAAGUUUAUGAGGGGAUUGGCGACGACGAGAAUCAUUACACCUACGUAAAGCUGAUUAACGUCGGCUCUACCGUGAUCAUAAACCAGAUCAAAGAUUACCUAUCAAGUCGGUUGGUCUAUUAUAUCCAAAAUCUUCAUAUAAAGCCACGAUCCAUAUGGCUUUCUCGUCACGGAGAAUCGGAAUAUAAUCUGACUGGGAAGAUUGGUGGAGAUUCCAGCAUCUCUGAGCGGGGGGAAGCUUAUGCUCGAGCUCUGCCUGGCCUACUGAAGAAAUCAGGUGUGCCACCUAAUACGAAGAUUGUUAUUUGGACGUCGACCCUCAAGCGCACAAUCCAAACAGCUCGCCACCUUGCCGCCGAAACGGGCUAUGAGAAGCUAGAAUGGAAGGCCCUCGAUGAGCUUGACUCGGGUGUUUGCGAUGGUCUCACAUAUGAGGAGAUUGCAGAGAAAUACCCUGAGGACUUUGCGGCCCGAGAUGAGGACAAAUAUAACUACCGUUAUCGCGGAGGCGAGUCUUACCGAGACGUCGUGAUUCGCCUUGAGCCGAUCAUCAUGGAGCUGGAACGGAGUGAGAAUGUCAUUAUCGUCACACAUCAAGCAGUCUUGCGCUGCAUCUACUCAUACUUUCUCAACGUCGCCCAGGAGCAAAGCCCAUGGAUGGAGGUGCCCUUACACACUCUGAUCAAGCUCACGCCUCGCGCAUACGGAACUGAAGAACAGCGUUUCAAGGCCGACAUUCCCGCUGUAUCCACGUGGCGGGCUAAAGGAACAUCUGCAAAGCACCAAGACUUUCCCACUGAGAUGAAGGCGUAA